UGCUUCGGGAUCCAGUUUUCCUCUAUCGAAAGAGCUGUAGCUGUAUUAUCCAGUUGUUGGCGAUCUCAACCAAGUAUGAGUGAGAAAGAAGAGAAUUUCCUGCAUAUCAGUGGAGAUAAGGAUUUCCAAAAACGGAGUGAUUCAGUUUUUAGUAGUCUAGAUCGCCUAGAACCGACAAGACAUGAGGAAGACGGUGAUGAUCCCGACAACAUGAGAGUCACUCGUGGUAGAAGACGACGGCCAAAUCGUGUGCCGGACCAUGUGCUACACCCGGAAAAAUGGACCAAAUACUCGCUAGAAGAGGAUGGCACUGAAGAGUUCAGUGGGGUUAUGCCAAAUGACUUGAAUAAACACGUUGCAAGAUCAUUUAUAGCUGAGUUGGAAAAGAGAAAGCAAACUGGAAAGGAAGGAACUGGAACGGAUGCAAGUGAAAUGCAGGAUUCCGGAGCGGUAAAUACAUGUCAGAGUGACAAGCAUGUAUUUACUAAACAUGUAGCGGAAAGUAAAGUGGUGCUGUCACCAUCAUCUCAUGGCAAACAAGGGGUUCUAAUGAUGCCUGAAUAUGUCGUUGGUCAAAAACCAGACAAGCAGAAAAAGAAAGUUACAAGGGAUGAGAGUCAAGGGAGUGUCAAAUCACAGGAAAAGACUGUGGGAAUAACACAUUUACAAGUGGAGCAAGAAGAAGUAGAGGAAGAGGAGAUCAGCACGACAACUCUUACUACAGGGGAGAAUCAGAGGGACUCUGAAAACAAAGAAGUGUCCAAUGAUACUGGAGAAGAUAAAGUCACAUUUGUGAAGAGAAAACACAAAGAGAGAAAAGGACUUAGGAAGCAUGUUAAAGCAGACAAUGAUGACUAAACUAAGGGUAUUGGCGUAGUUGGCUGGAUGCCAGCUCUCAGAGUUUAGCUGAGGGCAUUCAGGUCUUAUGCCUCCAAAAGGCAGGUAUUCUCAUGGCUGUGUAAAGCUGUUAUAAGAAGUAGCAGACCCAGUGAGAAAGGCUAACCUUUUUUAAUCUAGCUGGAGUCUUCAUCUAAAGUCCCUGGGAGAGUAUGGUGCAGCGCAGGUAUAUAGCCAGGGGAGUGUUUAUGGGGUGCGUGCAUCCCCCUCUACCACCCAAAAUGGGUAUUUCAUAUUCAAUGACCAUAAAAUGUCUGUACACAUUUUUGCAAAAUAUCUAUACCUUGAAAGCAAAUUAAACAAAACAACAAUAUUUGUAUCACCCAAGAACAAAUACAAUCUAGAACACCCCAUGGUCAUUAGCCAAAGCUGCUUCUUGUAAAAAAGCUUGAUCCAGUUUGUAUAGUUAUAAAAAUAGGGUAGAAAUGUAACCACACCCCACCUCUUCCCAAAGCUUUAAAAAUACACAUAUUUAUGUUCUUAUCUUUAUUCAGAUGUGCUUAUGUAAAAUUGGUUAAAGAAUACUACAUAGUAUUUGAGGAAACAAUUAUAAAUAUUUACAUUUUGAAUCCUAGCACAGCUAAACACCUCAUUCUUAUUUCCAAAUAGAAACAUUUUAUGGAUGUAAAAUGGUGACUUUUUUUAUUAAAAUUCUUUUUGUGAUAUUUUA